ACGAAAGUAGAUCACUGAAAUCAUAACAUUGUGAAUUGUAAAUCCUGUCAAAGUUUUAUGCCUAGGUUUGAUAUACACUAGACAAGUACGGAACAUUAAAUACAUAUGCUUUGAAGGAAAUGUGGCUUUGUUAUGAGGAUAACCUGUUUCUGUUGCAAAAUAAGAGAGCUGAAAGCAAUGGUGUGUGCUAAGCUGUAAGGGAAAUGGCGUCCAGUGAUGCGGAACUUCAGUAUAGCUCUACGCCUGCGUUCUCUAAACUUGAGAUAUACGACACAAUAGACGUUGGCGAGGAUUGCAGAACAAAUAUUCAGAAACAUUAUAUAGAAAUUAUUUGUGUCUUCGGACAAGAUAAAUUAGCAGGAAUUGUGCGUUCUGAAUACCAACGUCAAAUAUUCUGCUACGAAAAUGUCAGCGAUGUCCAAAAGAGAUGCUUUAAAAUUGGAAUAGAUGUAGAAGUACAUUCUCUACCUGCAGACAGCGUGGCGCUGGACGGAAAUCGUUUUGCAGUUUCAUUUCCAGAAAGUUCUGUUAUAAAAGUGUACAACGAACGUCUGCAGGAAGAUAGAGAUCUGAACGUGGAUGGUAAAUGCUACGGUAUGGAUUUCAUGAAUGGAAAAUUAGCGGUUUGUUUCCAAGAUCCUGCAAAGAUAUGCGUUUUAGAUAUGGACACUGGAUUCAUCCAUCACAUAGUGAACCAGCCGAGUGGACACCAGCUUUUGACCGCACCAAAUUACGUUGCAUUCGACACUGACGACGGCAGGGAUGUUCUUUAUGUAUCCGACAGAGCAAGCUGGGGCAUCCGCCGUCUGACCAAGAUUGAUAUGAAUGGCAACAUGCUAGCGUCAUUUCUCAGUCUCUCAAAAGAUGACACAAGCCGCGUUGUGUCUGUUACAGACGGAGGUGUUCUCUUGGUGCAUGACGGAAUCAAGCUGAUGUCGGAAAGGUGUCAGCAGGUUGCAACGCUUUUGGAUCAAAAAAAUACUGGGCCCAUAGUUAGCGUAAAGUAUUCAAAACAACAAAGCUUGGUCUUUAUCUUGACAAUGUUCCAGAAAGAUUUUACACGGAUGGAUGUUUUCAAAUUGAGCUAAUAAGAUUUAUUUGUACUGCAACUUAAGUUUAUGGUUUGGCAUUACCAUUUUAGCUCAACGUUUUACAAAAUCCACUGUCUGCUUUGAAUUGCUUUUGCCCUUCUGAAUUUUUAUGCGCCACUAUUAUAUAAUUUGAUAAAACAUUCACACUAUUUGACUGACAGGUAAAACGAUACGAGAUUAGUACCUUGAAAAUAUUAAGUUAUUCACAUAAGUAAAUCCCGUUUUAAUCUCAUAUGACGUUGCCUCUUUCCAAACCCUGCUAAAGAUGUACGUACUUAUAAAGUUAGAAUUAUAGUAUGUUAAGGCUCGAUAUAUUUUCGUUUCAAUUGCUUAAGCGAAUACACAAGUAUACUUUGUUUCUUGUUUAAGACAAUCCUAUAAAAUCUUGUGAUAUUAAAAGGUGCAAAAUAUUUGACUUUUAAGUUAAUGAUCAAACAAAAAGAAACAACAACAUAAUUAUGUUUUGUGAACAGAUUCACAACUAUUACCAGAAUAUGUCGGCACUUUUUCAACUGGAAACUGUUUUGCUACAAAGCUAUAAAAUUAAAAAAAAACAACACACACACUUGAGAGUGGCUUAAUACAGUAUAAUAUAUGAAGUUAUAAUUCAGAAUCAUAAUUAAUCGAGUGUUAAAGAUUUUUAAUAUAUAUAAAUAUAUAUAUAUGUAUAUAUAUAUAUAUAUCUAUUCCUGUCAUGUACUCAGACUCUUUAUUCCGAUCUUUGGAUUUAUUCAUGUUGCUUAUACUUUCCGUAUUUUGAUAUAGUUUAUUAACUCUUUGUCUUCAGUAUUGUUUAAUAUUUAGUUUUGUAUGCGGGGUUUGAACCUGCCAUCUAUAGAUGUAUGCACAUGUAUUCUGUCUCUCAUUUGUAUACCCCGUAUACAAUAUAAUAGCGAGUGUUCUUUCUUUUACAAAAAUAAUUGAAGAAAAUAUCAACCCAUACGUUAUUAUGCGGUAAAACAUGCAAUCAACAAUCGACUUACAAGUGCCAACCUGAUAGUUAAUCUGUGAGUUUUGUCAUGCUACUCUGACAUUUCUUGGUCAUGUUGUGGGACAUGGUCAGGUUAAACCUAUAGAUGCUAAAGUCCUAGCUAUCUCUUAAUUUCCUUUGCCUACUUGUAAAAGACAACUGAUGCGUUUUUUCGGUAUGGCUGGUUAUUACAUAAACUUUUAACUUUCCUGAAAUCACAGAACCUUAAACGAAUUGACUAAGAGGGAAAAGGACAGAUGUGGAAUUUGAUUCAGUGGAAGCCAUACUAAUGAACACACCAAUUCUCUUAGUACCAGAUUUCGACAAACCUUUCAAAUUGCCAGCCGACGCCAGUGACAUUGGUGCAGGAGCUGUAUAAGUGCAAGGGGACAACAUUGGUGUUGAACAUCCAGUUUGUUACUUUUCUAGAAAGAUUAACAAACACCAGAAAAAAAAUAUUCAACAAUAAAAAAAGAGUGUCUUGCUCUCAUUCUUGCAAUUCUGCAGGACUUUAAAGUUUAUCUAUUACCUAUUGGUGUCUUCAGUGACCACAAUCCACUUAAUUUUCUACACAAACUGAAAAAAAAUUCAAUGAUUACUGAGGUGGAGU